ACGAGAACGCCUAUCUAUCUACGCGUCUGUGGUCUCAGGUUAAGUGUUACAACGUGUACCUACGCAUCGGUAACGUUGGAAGUGACAGGAGGAAAUAGUGAAUGGAUAUUAUAGGCACGAAAGCUGGGCAACGGUUCCCAUUGCUCGGUAGGUUUGUCUGAGCUGCUCAUCUGUACUGAUAGUGCAGUAUUGACUACAAAAAGUGACACACAACGACAGUGUCAUAAACUCUCGUAUUUGAGUUAACGUUCAGUACGGCAGAUGCGUAGCUUAGCGUGACACUUUUCCCUGUGGACAGCGUGUAAAUAAUUCGUCAACGAUGCAGCAAAAAAAAAGUGACCCUAAACAAGGACCUGCUACGCGAAAGGGAGAGGUGCACGUUCGAUCCUGAGGAAUUAACUUAUAUAUUGGAUGGCAGCCCACAGAGGACCCAUGAACGUCGCGAACGAGAACAAUAUUUCCUAAGUGAUCCAGAACUGCAGGAUAAAGUACCAAUGAGAUACAAGAGCCAUAAAGAGAUUUAUGAGGAUGCAGUUAGAAAAGCUUGCAAGGUUCUGGAAAAGAUGCGGGAGUUGCAAAAGACAGCAAAUGCUGGAAUGGAUUUGUUCUCACAUAUUUUAGGAGGAAUGUUUGGGUCUGCGAUAUUGAAAGAUGGAAACCCGACAGUAGUUCAUUAUGCCAUGUUUCUCCCUUCUGUCAUAGGGCAGGGAACCACGCAGCAGCAAGAAUAUUGGGUAACCAGAGCUUGGAAUGCCAAUCUUGUUGGAACUUAUGCUCAGACUGAACUUGGUCACGGGACAUUUAUCAGAGGUUUAGAAACGACAGCAACUUACGAUCCUAAUACAAAAGAAUUUAUAUUAAAUAGUCCAACUUUAACGUCUUAUAAAUGGUGGCCUGGUGGCUUGGGUCAUACUGCAAAUUAUGCAGUAAUAGUUGCACAAUUGUACACGCAAGGGGAAUGCAAAGGUAUUCAUCCAUUCAUCGUGCAAUUAAGAGACGAAGAUACGCACGAACCAUUGCCAGGCAUUAAAAUUGGCGAGAUUGGUACGAAGUUGGGAAUGAACGGAACUAACAACGGCUUUCUCGGGUUCGAGAAUGUCAGAAUACCUCGUGAAAACAUGCUGAUGAGAAACUCUCAGGUAUUAGAAGAUGGUACAUACGUAAAAGCGUUAAGCGAUAAAUUAAAUUACGGUACAAUGAUGUUCGUUCGAGUAGUACUGGUUUUCGACAUUGCGAGUUACUUAGCGAAAGCAGUCACGAUUGCAACUAGAUACAGCGCAAUUAGACGUCAAUGUCAAAUAAAUCCAGAUGAGCCUGAAGUACAAAUUAUUAAUUACGUAACGCAACAAUACAAAAUAUUUCCCCAUAUAGCUGCGUGCAUAGCGUUUCGACUGGCCGCGAGUUGGAUUUGGAACAUGUAUAAUACAGUAGUUGCCGAGUUGGAUCACGGUGAUUUAGACAAAUUACCCGAGUUGCAUGCUCUGUCGUGUUGCCUUAAAGCUGUUGCAUCUUCAGAUGCAGCCACUGGAGUGGAGCAAGUGCGAUUGGCUUGCGGUGGACAUGGAUACAUGGAUUCCAGCAAUCUUCCAGCGACUUACGGUUUAGUCACUGCUGUCUGUACUUAUGAAGGAGAGAAUACUGUUCUACUGUUACAGACGGCUAGAUAUUUAGUGAAAUCCUGGAAACAGGCCCGCGAAGGUCACAAUUUACCAGAGACGAUACAGUACCUUGCGGUCUUUUCUAAAGGAAUCAAAAAACAAUCUUGGAAGAUUAAUUUGGAUCGCAUUAUCAAGGCUCACCAAGAAGUCGCUGCAGGAAAAAUUGGUUUGGCGACGGAGAAUAUGGAUCGCAGAAUACGCAACGGAGUGUCCCCGGAGGACGCUUGGAACCAAACUAGCAUAGAAUUAUCACGUGGCGCAGAGGCUCAUUGUCGAGCGUUUAUAGUAAUGAGAUUCGCUGAAUCCGUUAAAAACUUUGUCUCAGUGUCCAAAGAGCUACGCAUUGUUUUGCAAUAUCUCUGUGAGUUGUACGCUGUCUACUGGGUACUGCAACGCCUCGGUGACUUCCUUCAAUUUUCUUCCUUGACAAACGAAGAUGUCCCCUCAGUUCAGGCACGACUAGAAGAAUUAUUGGCAUUGAUCCGUCCAAAUGCCGUAGGUAUCGUCGAUGGAUUCGACAUCCGCGACGAGAUCCUUAACUCUGCGUUAGGAGCAUACGACGGUAACGUUUAUGAACGGUUGUUCGCUGAGGCUAUGAAAAGUCCACUGAAUCAGGAGAGCGUGAACGAGUCUUUUCAUAAAUAUUUGAAACCGUUCCUUAAGAGCAAUUUGUAGUGCAAUUUACCUUUGUGGAUCUCCUUCUGAAUUUCGCUCUAUCUACUCGUAAAGGUUUCAACGAAAUACAGCCACCUGAUCAAAUUACUGCCCUACAUACCUAGCUAUUAAUACUUUGACAAUUCUUCCAUAUGGUCAUUUUUAAAUAAUACUUUUCAAAGUACUUGUAAACUCGUGUCACAUGUUGGUACUAAGUCAGUAAGAAUGAUUGAAAUGUUUAUAUUAAAAUCUGUGUUCAAUAUAGUCGAAGCAAGCCAUUUUUUAUCUUUUGGAACAAGAAAAUUAUGUUGCCUUACAGUGAAGUUAACGUUAAUAAUUAGUACAGGAACUAACUUAGGUGGCUCGUUACGAUUUACAUCAAAUACUCAUAUCAAAUCGAGGUAUGGUAAUGGUGUAACGUUUAUAAUCGCGAUAAAAAGAGUUCAGAAAUAUAUUUUUCUACGACCUUUGCAGAGUAUUGUAAAUAGUUUGAAAAAAAUCGCAAUAUUGUUAUCGCAAGAAUUGUGAAGGAUUUCCAGAAGUGAUUUUUAUUGUUAAGAGGGAUUUUUUUUUAGGAAUGCUUGAACAUUCCGCGAGAAGAAUAUUUUAAAGAUUUUAUAAAGAAAAGAUAUUUUCUAUGUACUUUUUGCAAUUUAAUAAAGUUGUCGACAAGACUGCUCGCAAAAAAUGCCAUCGUUGUACGCAUUCUCGAGCCUCCGUAUGUUUCAAGAGGGAAUAACAGCCGCGGGUCAGGUUUUCCUUACACGGUACAGUGUUUAUUUACAGAAUAGGAGCGACGACAUACAGUAUUGUUCUUUACCAUACUAACAUAGUGCAAUUAGUAUUAAUUUCUGUUAAUAAUAACGUGUCGUUAACGUAAGCGCCCGCAACGGAGUAACACGUGCGAUCUCUCGGGCUUGAGAAAAUAUACAGACUUGGGAUUUCCAGAUCAUCGAGUCACGUAUGGGAAUUUUCAGUCGAUUUAUAUAGAUCCUAGGAACUUCUAGCAUCGACCAAGUUGUCCUCUGUACCCGUAUUGCAGAUGAAACAAAGAAUAAGAAAGAAAAAACACGGAAAAGAUCACGGUUUGAUGCUCCAAGGCGGGCGAUUGUAUAACUUUAUAUAAAUAUAUAUACGUGUAUAUACGUGGUGUGCACCUGCAACCACGCGAAUAUAUACACGUACACGUAAUAUAUUUUACGGAGCUCAGGGCGACUCGGGGAGGACAGGGUGUAGACAGUACUUACACUUACAAAAUAACAGUGUUAAUUAUAGUUAUCAUUAAAUAUUAAUUAUAUUCACUUUUUAAAAUUAUUAUUCAUUCGUCCACCUGGCCUAUGGGUUCUCGUCUAGUGUUAGACAGACUUCUCAUUGCUAUAGCGUUCAUACGGAAUACAUCCUCUUAUAAAAUAUGAUUUUAUUACAAUUAAUGUUUGUUUCUUGUCGCAUAGAACGUAGACAGCGCCUCUUCGAGUAUUAAAUAAGCCACGUGGAGAUGCAGCGUACACGUUGCUUUAUUAUCUUUUUAUUUAUUUGUCGGAUAUUCUCGCGUCGUGUAUGUUAAUUUUAUCGCGAAAGGUUAAAGGCAAAGCAUAACAUUUCUCUAAUAUUCUACGCGACUGGUUUUAGGUACUGCCGUAACGUUUCGCUAAUUCUCCAGCAAAAACAGAAAAGAAAAUUGAUUUGGAUUCCAUUUAUUGUAAUCGUUUUUACCCUAAACACAAUAUCUCUCGGUACACUCUAUACCGACAUAUUAUCCUUUCGAUCGUUCACCUACGUAUCGAUAAUUUACUCGCGAAUUUUAUCAUCCAACAUAACCUGUACAUCGAAUAGCUGUUUAAAUAUUUCUUCUUCCAAGUCGACCCUAUCAAUACACUUAGUUAUACCUUUAUUACUACGCAUAUCGUUACAAUAUCCUUCGAGACGUCUAGACGAAUUAUAAAUAAGCUUAUAAAAUAGCGUCGAGCCAUUUUACAAAUCGAUAAGAUCGAUUUAGAAGCUGUGAGAAAUGUCGCCGAUAGAUGAAGUGUUUCAUAACUGAAAAUAUAGACAGCAACGUCGUACCAAGCGAUAAUAUGGAUGUUCGGUUCUUAAACUUAAAUCUUCUCUAGACGAAACAAUAAUCAAUUUCCCACUUAAUUUCUGGUCAAUUCUUUGUCUUAAAUAUAAAUAUGCAAAUCUAACCUAAAGAUCUAAAGUAUACGCGAGAGAUAGUCGAUAACGAGAAAAAUGAUUUUUAAGGGCUCGUUUUGCUUCAAAAUUGAUUUUUCUGACAAGAAUUGAAUAUCUCUAAUAAGUAGUUGACGAAGCAACAAGCAUUAUUUGCACAAGAUGGCGUCGAAACAACUACCGCCUCGCACGACGUUGAUGUUAAACACGAUGAUUAAAUUUAAACGCUUUGCCCGUAACAUCCAACGAUCGUAUCAAAGUCCAACUGUAUAGUUGGACUUGUAUGUGAUACUGUUGUUAUUAACACCUUACCGGUGGCGAUUGGACACGUAAUAAUUAAUCAAUGCUUUACCGACCGGUAAUAUAUCGCAGAAAAAAAAACGAGAAAAAUAAACGCGGCUAGCGUUUCGAAUAAAGAUCAAUCAAAACAGGUUCGCGACGAUUUUCGUACGAAAAUGGUGUUCCUUAUGUAAUACAUGGCAGUAUCGGCAUGAUAUAUUUUAAUUUACCCCGACACAUCGGACUCUGGAAUGGCGCCCAUGUUCCCGCGACCCAGGUAGAAUCUCUUUUCGUCAAUUUAUCACGAUUUCUGUGAAUCUUGUUGCUUUUAUUAAAGAAAUCAUUGGAUCAUUCGAAUCAAAGUCUACAAUUACACGUUCCGCUUCCAUCGUAAUAUGUUUCAUAGUUGUGUGCUCAUUUAUUUCGAACGUUUCAUAAAAAAUGCAAAAUUUGUCGUCUCGGUGUGAUUAUUUGAAAUCAAAUGGUUCGACGACGUUCGAUACGUUCCUUUAAUUUUAUUGGUCGAUUCGUGUGAUAAUAAAUGCGACGGUUCGUGUACGUAAAAUUCAUAUUAUUAUUGCACAGGACAUUAAUAAUGACAUAACGUUAUAUAUAAGACAUUAUAGCUGCAUAACAUCAUAUAUACAAGGAUUUUACGACGUUUAGAAAUCCUCCGGUGCCUCACCCAUUAUUUUACUCUUGUCAUGUAAACGUCGAUAGGUUUCACGUCAAUUGAUAUCGCGUUUCUAAGAAGUAUUAAAAGAUAGUGCUAAAUUCUACGAGUUUCCAUCGUUCGAAAGUGGAGAGAAUGUGACGAAACAAUGAUUUGUGGAUGGCGCGGCUAACAAUCGAAUCUACGUUGUACGCUACUUUCGAAUAACGAUAAUGUUACGAUAUCGAUUAAUGACUAAAUUCGCAAUAUAUUAAAAAAAAAAAAAGUAACAA